AUGGACCCGCAGACGUUGAUUGCCAAGGCCAAUAAGGUGUCCUACUAUGGCGGCUCUACUAAUAAGGAAUCCUGGAGGUACGAUUGGUAUCAACCAUCUAAGGUAAGCUCCAGUGUGCAGCAACCACAACAACAGCUGAGGGACUUGGAGAAUAAUUUGGAGAAAUACCCAUUCAAGUAUAAAACAUGGUUGAGGAACCAGGAAGAUGAGAAAAAUUUACAGAGGGAGAGUUGUGAGGAUAUAUUAGAUUUGAAAGAAUUUGAUAGGACAGUACGGAAAAAGUUGUCAAACCCAUCGCACAUUAAAGGCGAUACGAGUAACGCCAAUGGCGUUCCUUCUGCUAACCAAGGAGAUGAAGCCCUUAGUGUGGAUGAUAUAAGAGGUGCUGUCGGUAAUAGUGAAGCCAUCCCUGGUUUAUCUGCUGGAGUGAACAAUGACAGUACGAAGGAGAGUAAAGAUGUGGAGAUGAAUUAA